AUGGAACAAGAACAAGAUACAUCACCAAUGUCACCAUUCUGGCUUCCAAAACCCAACAACCACCGCCGUCUCCGCCGCACUUACUCCAUCUUCCUAACAUCAACAUCCUUCCUCGUACUUGUCUUCAUAACGGCGCUUGUUUUCGCAGUCGUUGUGGUCCCCACUUUACGUUCUUUCAGUUCUAACAUCUUUAAACCCCAAGCGGUUAAACACUCUUGGGAUUAUUUAAACCUCAUACUCGUUCUCUUCGCUGUCGUUUGUGGCUUCCUUACUAAAAACGACACCAAUGAGACGCAAACGCAAACGCAUACUCCGCGUUUUGAUAGAAGCUUCUCGAACCCUAAUACGCCGCCGUCGUGGUAUCAGAAUUCUGAUCGGUCGUUUAACCGACUGAGAAGCGUUGGAUCUUAUCCGGAUCUUCGGCAACCGCCGUCGUUGGAGGUUGCUAAUGAAGAACGGUACCGGUUUUAUGAUGAUACUCAUUUUCAGUUUCGUCAUCGGUACUCGAGACUUGAAGCUGAAGAUGAAGUUUAUCGGGAAACGGUUACUUCCGGUGAAGUUUGUUUAUCUCCGAUGCGGCUACCGGAGAUGGAACCAGUGAUGGAUUGUGGAAGUGAAGAUGAUCGAGGAAGCUUUGAGCGUUUAUAUGAGGUGGAAACGAUUGAGAAACCGGAAAUCAAUCAUUCUGUUACUGAGAACACACUGCCGCCGCCGCUGCAACCGGUACCGGUUGGGAGGAAGAAGAAAACUAGAAGUGCAUCUACAGAAAACGCGGCAACGUUCUCUUAUGAGGAAUUUUCCUCGCCGCCGCUGCAACCGCUACCGGUUGGGAGGAGGAAGAAAACUAGAAGUGCAUCUACAGAAAACGCGGCAACUUUUACUUAUGAGGAAUUUUCCUUGCCGGUGCUGGAACCGGAACUAAAUCUGCCUCCGGUGACGAGAACGAAACCUGUUCGAAGAAAUGUCAAUCGAACAUAUCAAUCUGAAACGAUCGAUAAAUUUGAACGUAAUGAUUUUGUGGCAGAGAGUUCUCAACCGCCGCCGGCAGUGGCUCCUCCGUUGACGGAAGAGAGGAAGAUUGGAAUUCCGGUUAAGAAGAAAAGAGGGAAUGCAACUAAAGAGUUUUUGACCUCAUUGAGAGGAAAGAAGAAGAAACAAAGACAAAAAAGUGUUGAAAAUUUUGAGACCAUACAAAAUUCUCAACCUUUUCCCCAUGUUUCAUUACCACCGGGACCACCUCCGCCACCUCCGCCACCGUCAGUUUUUCACAACAUGUUCUAUUCCAACAAAAGCAAACACAAAAAACAUUACCUUGUUCCUGUGGCAACACAUAAACCUCAGUUUCCAACCAAGAGAGAACAUUCUAAUUAUAGAUUAGACAAGAAUGUAGUGAUUACUGGUAAUGAGUCACCUUUAAUUCCUAUCCCUCCGCCACCUCCACCUCCACCGUUUAAGCUGCCGGCGUGGAAGUUCAGAGUUCAGGGGGACUAUGUUAGGGUUGACAGCAUUGGAAGUUCAAGGAGUGGUUCACCAGAUUCAGAUGAAAAUGAAAAUGUUGAGUCACCAAUUAGUCAAAAUGAAUCGAGCCAAUGUAGUAAUAGUCCCUAUGCUCAAGAUGGUGAAGAGAAUGUCACUAAAAUUGGAAAUGCAAGUGAAGCUUCAUUGUUUUGUCCUAGCCCAGAUGUUGAUACCAAAGCUCACAACUUUAUUCAGAAUUUCAGAGCUGGGUUGAGGAUGGCUAAGAUGAAUUCCAUGAAGGAGAAGCAGGGAAUUGGGAGGUCUAAUCUUGGUCCUAUACAAAACUAG